UGACCUGCUGUCUCUGGCCUGGCAGCUAUCGUGGAGCUAUUCAGUGAUCAUAGAACAGCUAGUGUUGUAGCUGGCUAGGUAGCGAAGUUUCUACCAAAAAGAGCCCCAGUCCACUAGUAUAAUGCUGAAGUGUAGAACGAUGUGGAGAAGGCUGGCCCCGCUCACCAGAGCCUCCUCCACUUUGUGCCGGCAAAACACAAGGAGAGCAGUGUUGAACAACGAGAGAAGCCCGGCCUUGGUUCCUCUGGCACGCAUGUCAUCAGAAGCUCCAGCAGGUGGCAACGAAAACAAAAUCUAUUUCCUCCUGGUAGGAGCAGCCUGCCUCGGGGGAGGAAUAUAUGCAUACCGUACCAUCAAAGGAGACAAAGAUAGAUAUAAUGAUCGACUUGAAGAAAUAGCUUCCAGACCAAAUAAGUCUGCCCCAGAUCAGCCAGAAACAUACCUGUCAACGGAGUCACCAGUGGAACCAGCUGUUGAAACUACUGAAGAAACGUCACCAGAAGCCACUGCUGUGGAAUCACCCGAUCCUGCCACGACAGUAGAGGAGGAGAUUGCCGCUGAGCCAGUGGUAGAAGCAGCCCCAGAAGAGCCAGACGAGACUGCAGCAGCUCCUGUGGUAGAGAGCGAACCGGAACCAGAAUCCCCCCCGGAGGAUCUGUCUGAGCCGCCGGUUGUCCCAGCGCAGAGCGAACCAGACACAGCCGCAGAACCGCCCUCUUCGGAGCCCACAGAACAGUCUCCUGUAGUGGACAGCGAGCCUCCGCCAGCAGCUGAAAGCCCUCCUGCAGAGAGCUCCGAGCCUCAAUCUGCAGCAGAGACAGAGAGUGCUGCGGCAGAAGAACCCAGCGCCGCCCCUGUCACUGAGCCCCCUGCACCCGCCCCCCUCCCGGUCCCCCCUCACGCCCCCUACCUCCUGAUCGGAGGGGGCACUGCCUCCUUCGCAGCUGCCAGGUCGAUCCGGGCCAGGGACCCAGGAGCCAGGGUGUUGAUAGUCACUGACGAGUGGGAUCUCCCGUAUAUGAGGCCCCCGCUGUCCAAGGAGCUGUGGUUCUCUGACGACCCGGGGGUGACCGACACCCUGCGCUUCAAACAGUGGAACGGGAAGGAGAGGAGUAUUUACUUCCAGCCGCCCUCGUUCUACGUCAGCCCUGAGGAGCUGGACAAGGCGGAGAACGGAGGGGUCGCCGUGCUGACAGGGAAGAAGGUGGUGCACAUGGAUGUGAGAGGAAACAAAGUGAGACUCAGUGAUAACUCAGAGAUCUCCUACGACAAGUGUCUGAUUGCAACAGGUGGUGUGCCCCGGAAUCUGCAGGUAAUAGAGAGAGCUGGAGAGGAAGUGACUAAGAGGACCACACUUUUCAGAAAGGUGGAUGACUUUAAGGCUCUGGAGAAGGUCUCCAGAGAAAUCAAAUCCAUAACCAUCAUUGGAGGAGGGUUCCUGGGAAGUGAGCUGGCCUGUGCCCUGGGCAGGAGAUCCAGUGAAGACGGUCUGGAGGUGGUCCAGAUGUAUCCUGAGAAGGGCAACAUGGGCAAGGUGCUGCCGGAAUACCUGAGCAACUGGACCACGGAGAAAGUCAAGAGUGAGGGGGUAAGGGUGAUCACAGAGGCGCUGGUGAAGAACGUGAGCUUCGAUGAUGGGAAGGUCCAGAUCAAACUGAAAGAUGGCCGUGUGGUGAAGACGGAUCAUCUGGUGGCGGCUGUGGGGCUGGAGCCCAGCACGGAGCUGGCCAAGUCCGCAGGGCUGGAGGUCGACUCAGACUUCGGGGGCUACAGGGUCAACGCAGAGCUGCAGGCCAGGUCAAACAUCUGGGUGGCGGGCGACGCGGCGUGCUUCUACGACAUCAGGCUGGGCCGCAGGCGGGUGGAGCACCACGACCACGCUGUGGUCAGCGGCCGGCUGGCCGGGGAGAACAUGACCGGCGCUAACAAGCCCUACUGGCACCAGUCUAUGUUCUGGAGCGACCUGGGCCCAGACGUGGGCUACGAGGCCAUCGGCAUCGUGGACAGCAGCCUGCCCACCGUGGGCGUGUUCGCCAAGGCCACCGCCAAGGACACGCCCAGGGCCGCCGCUGAGAUGUCAGGAACCGGGAUCCGGUCUGAGAGUGAGACGGAGGCGGUGGCCAGAAGCCCAGUGGCGUCCUCCACCCCGCCCCCCGCCCCCCUGCAGCAGAAGGACGACUACGGGAAGGGGGUGAUCUUCUACCUGCGGGACAAGGUGGUGGUCGGCAUCAUCCUGUGGAACGUCUUCAACAGGAUGCCCAUCGCCAGAAAGAUAAUCAAGGAUGGCGAGGAGCACGCGGAUCUGAACGAGGUGGCCAAGCUCUUCAACAUUCACGAUGACUGAGCGCGCUCCGUGGAGGCUGCCACUGAGCCAAUGAGAGGACGUCGUCUCUGCUCAUUAAGGCUUUGAACUUUCUCAGUCAUCGCCUGGCUCCCGCACACACACCUGCAAAGAUGCAGUUGGAAAAAGAAGAAUCUUUAUGGACAUCUGCUAAUUGUACAUUUCACUGCUUGGGGGGGGGGGGGGGGUUCUUUUCGUAAUUUGAUCAUUUGUUUCAGGUACAGCUGUUUUCGUUUUGUUUUCUAUUCAUGAUAUAGAUAUUCAAUCCGUCUCAAGAAUGCUGCCCUGCCUCCAAACCUUCACAUUGCGUCCUGUGAUUAAGCAGACUCUGUCCCUCCUCUAAAUUGUUUUGCUCGUCGAACAAUGUCCUCGGAGAUGUGUGUUUAUCCUCAGUGUGAUAAAAGCGGCUUAUCAUGGAAACGGCCGCAAUAAAGAUAUUUUUAAAGUGAAA